AUGUCGCAACCAGUACCUGGCAUAGGUUUCAAGCUCGGGGCCGCCUCUCCCAAGGGAGAGCGGCCUCCAAUACGCUUUCCAAUGGCACGACCCAAGACGGGAUGUCUGACGUGUAGCAGGCGCAAGAUCAAGUGCGACGAGCCGAAGCCGAACUGCAGUCAUUGUAUAAAGUCCAGACUGCCGUGCGUUUGGCCAGCGGAGGCGUCAAAGGCAUUUGACAAAGAAGAGAAAGAGGACAAAGAGGCUGCUAACCAAGGCCUUUCCUUCGAUGCCAACGAUAUCGCAGCAGCUCGCGCUACUGUAUUGAAGGUUCUAUGUCAACAAAACGAAACGCCAGAACAACCGCCAGCACUCCCAAGGCAACAGCCGAUCUCCUCCACAAAACGACAAAAGCUCUCACAAUUGGACAAGCGUGCAACCCCCGGAAGAGUCUCUACCACACCCUACUUCACCAGCUCUGGCUACGACCAGAAGUAUACAGCUCCUCCAGAUGAAUACAAACCGCCCGCACUUUGCGCUGAAGGAAAUCAACAAACCCCGGUGGUACCAGCAAAACACCUAUAUCUUGCCUACGGAACCGAAUUGGUGCCUUCGAAAAUGACAAAGCUAUAUCCUAGCGCCCAAUUCCUCGGCCUCGCAAAGCUUGAUGGCUACAAAAUCUUCCUUACCGAGUCGGGUGAAGCUAGUUGUAUGGCUGCCUCGCAUUUCUCAUAUUUUAAGGGAACUUGCGUAGUUUGGGGAUUAGUAUAUCGUGUUAGUGAACUCGAUCUUGCUGAGAUCGAACGGCAAGGAAAAAGCAACGAGCGAAACCAAACUCUACUCUAUCUUCCAAUGACUCAGUUUACCGCACCCAACCUCGGAUGGACAGCACGCGCAAAGGAGGAAGACCUGACAGACAAGGCCGUUGAAAAUGUGAACGUGCUUGUGUCGUGUGAUCCUGAAAAUACAAGGGGAUUUGGGAAUUUGAGUAUGGAAUCAAUUUUCGCGGGAGUAUGCUGUGAUCUUGAGCACAGUAAGGACUCUGAGACGAUUGGGAGGUUCAAUGCUGCAAUCACGAUUCUGGAUAGGGAGUGGCGUCCUUGUGAUUAUAUUAAUGAGAGCCUUAGGCCGUGGGUACCACUGCCGAUAUAA